UGCGUUAGCAAUUCCAAGCUCUUUCUCUCUCUCUCUCUCUCUUACCUGAAGGAGUAACUACAAAAUCCCCCCACCGGCCACCACUUCCCUUUACACCCAACGCUCACACAACCUCCACAUUCAGCUCAUAAAGAAAGAAAAGAAUACUUCCUCUGUGCAACUCGUUUUCCCUAAUUUUCUCUCCUUCUUUCCCUCCAAACAAACGCUAUUAAUGCAAAUUAAAUUAGAAAACUAAAAUUGGAAUUGUGAUGAAGAGGCUGAGGAGCUAUUACGUGAACCUGAGGCACCCACAGACGAUGGAGAGGAAAUGGAUCUUCCCAUUGGCGAUAGGGUCCAUAGUCUCGCUCUCUCUCCUCUUCCUCACGACGCUAACCUCAACCGACGGUACAACGUUCCUUCCGUUCUACCGCUCCCUCACCGCCUCCAACUCCGUUUUCGUCGAGUCCAAGCUCCACGUCAUCCCGACCUCGACCCUGCCCCCUCCGCCGCGGCUCGCGUACCUGAUCUCCGGCUCCAACGGCGACGGGAAGAUGCUGAAGCGCACUCUUGAGGCCCUCUACCACCCGCGCAACUCGUACGUGGUGCAUUUGGACCUGGAGUCCUCGGCGGAGGAACGAGCCGAUCUGAGGAACUACGUGCGGGACCACCUGGUGUACGCGAGGUUUGGGAAUGUGAGGAUGAUCACAAAGGCCAAUCUGGUGACCUACCGGGGCCCGACCAUGGUGGCCAAUACGCUCCACGCGGCGGCGAUUCUGCUGAGGGAAGGAGGGGAUUGGGACUGGUUCAUCAAUCUUAGCGCCUCCGACUAUCCGCUGGUCACGCAGGACGAUCUGCUGCACACGUUUUCGUACUUGCCGAGGGAUCUCAAUUUCGUUGAUCAUACUAGCAACAUUGGCUGGAAGGAGUAUCAGCGAGCGAAACCGAUAAUUGUAGACCCGGGGUUGUAUAUGACAAAGAAAGCGGAUGUUUUCUGGGUUACACAGCGGAGAAGUGUGCCAACAGCAUUCAAACUCUUUACAGGUUCUGCUUGGAUGGCACUUUCUAGGCAAUUCGUUGAUUACUGCAUAUGGGGAUGGGACAACCUACCUCGACUUGUCCUAAUGUACUACUCAAACUUUAUAUCUUCCCCAGAAGGAUACUUCCACACUGUCAUCUGUAACGCCCAAGAGUUUCGGAACACAACUGUGAACAGUGACCUGCACUUCAUAUCGUGGGAUAACCCUCCCAAGCAACAUCCCCACCAUCUCAAUGUCAAGGACAUGCAAAAAAUGAUCGACAGUAAUGCUCCAUUUGCGCGAAAAUUUCGCCAAGAUGAUCCAGUGCUUGACAAAGUUGAUUCUGAGCUCUUGUCUCGUGGUCCAGGCAUGCUGGUUCCUGGUGGCUGGUGCAUAGGAAGUAGGGAAAAUGGGACUGAUCCAUGCUCUGUUAUUGGUAAUACCACAGUCCUCAGGCCCGGCCCUGGAGCGAAAAGGUUGGAAAGUUUGAUCAGCUCGCUAUUAUCAAGUGAGAAUUUCCGGCCGAGGCAAUGCAAAUAACAGCGGCCCAAAAUUGCAUUAGUAAGCAUCUCUCUUGCCAACGGGGUGGUUCAUAUUUGAAGAUGGAAGACAGUAUAAUCAGGGACUUGGUAUGUGUUUUAGUAGAAGAAGAAAUUGGCUGAAAGCAUAUAUAACUCUGGCUUAUGUUAGAAGCAGAAAGGAGAUGGAUUUGGUGGGAAUGAUAUGAAUCACAGAGCUGGGUGUAAUGACAUGGCAUACACGCUGCAUUGAUUGUGUAGCCCCACUGUUUUCCUUUUCUUUUCUUUUUUUUUUUUUUUUUUUUUUUUUUCUUUUUCCUGAUUAUUAUUGUUUUUUCUUGUCGAAAGAACCAGCAAUUUCGCAUCAAGCCCUGAAGCAUUUUGAGCUGCUCACGGGGUGGGAGAACUAUUGCUGA